AUGGAAUCCACCCCAGUGCCAACAAUCAUCAUCGACAAGAAUAAAUACAACGUAAUCAUAAUCAAUAAAAGAAAAAUGAUUAUUAACUCCCCAAUUGUGUUUGUGUCAGAAACCAAUUCGUUCAAACCAAGAAUCGUCAUGUGGGUCAAGGAAAACAGAAACAAAAUAAUUCUGAAAGCGAGCCAUGAAACGAAGGAAAUAUAUUUAAAAUUUGUCUGUAUUUGCGAGGAACGAAAGGCAUUUCUGAAUCUCAUUUGGAAAUAUAAGCACGGGAAUAUCAUUGAUAUCCUUGGUGUGUAUGAUACAAACCACUACUCUGGUAACAAUCUUGUUUCAGAAGCAAACUAUGGGAUAGCAAUGGAAUAUGGCACACCACUCCGUAGUAUUGUGGAAGGGAAGAAAUACAUCAGAGAUAUCAUCUGUGGGAUCAAGUUUCUUCAUGAGCAAGGAAUUGUUCACAUGGACAUCAAGCCCGACAAUGUUGUUGUUGUGAAUGGGAUUGCUAAGAUCAUCGACUUUGAGCUUGCACGCACACUUGGGAAGAAUGAACACUUCAAUAGCAUUUGCUGCACACGAAGAUACCUUCCCGAAUCAAAAACACAGCGAGGAAUGUGUUAUGGGUCGGACAUCUGUUGUCUUGGAUACACAAUCCUUGAAUUGUUCACGUCCGGGUACAAUUUCGACUUACAGGAUUUACUUGUGAAUGAAAACAUACAACACAAAGGAUUUCUCUUCAAAAUGACAUGCGACGACUGCGACAUGCGACCAUCUAUCAGAGAAGUAUACAACUACUUUAACUUGGUUUCUUUUUAA